CUCACACCUUCCCUUCCCCCGAUAAAUAAUCCAACGGCGCAAAAGACGAAUGUGCGAAGCAAGCAAGAUCCGACGGCCCAGAUCGCACCCCAGGGAAGAGGCUCCUGCAACAGACAAAAUAGGGUUGUCCUUCGGUUCGUAAAUUUUUAUAGCUCAGAAAAUACUCUCUCUCUAGAAUACUCCACGCCGAGCUUCUCUUCCCCGUUCCCUUUCCUCGCGCUCUCUCUCGAAGUUCUUGCUUUCCAUUCUCUCGGGGAAAUCAUGGGGAAAGGUCCGGGACUCUACACCGAUAUCGGCAAGAAAGCCAGAGAUCUUCUUUACAGGGAUUACCAGUCGGACCACAAGUUCACCCUCACUACCUACACCGCCAAUGGAGUCGGUUCAGGGCUCUUUUGCUUCCUCAAUUAUAGUAUAAGGAUGAAAAGGUCGAUCAGUCUACUGUGGGUGCUGUUAGUUUCUGGUACUUUGCUGAUGAUUGUGGUAACUUUUUGCUGCCCAUUACAGGCAAUCACCUCGAAUGGUGUCAAGAAAGGUGAGCUGAUCUUGGCGGAUGUGAGCACUCAGCUGAAGAACAAGAACGUCACCACGGACGUGAAGGUGGACACGAGUUCUAAUCUGUUCACCACCGUCACUAUUGAUGAACCCGCUCCUGGAUUGAAGACAAUCUUUAGCUUCAAGGUCCCUGAUCAGAGAUCUGGCAAGGUGGAACUCCAGUACCAACAUGAGUACACUGGGAUUAGCACUAGCAUUGGUAUGACUGCAAGUCCACUUGUUAACUUCUCUGGUGUAGUCGGUAACAAUAUGGUAGCUCUUGGUACCGACCUCUGCUUUGACACUGCCUCUGGGAACUUCACCAAAUUGAAUGCUGGUUUGAGCUACACCAAUGCAGACCUGGUUGCUGCUGUUACCUUGAAUGACAAGGGAGAUACACUUACGGCCUCCUAUUACCACACCGUGAGUCCACUGACCAGCACAGCUGUUGGUGCGGAGCUGACCCACAGUUUCUCCAGCAACGAGAACACUCUGACGGUAGGCACUCAGCAUGCCCUCGACCCCUUGACCACUGUGAAGGGCAGAGUGAACAACUACGGGAAAGCGAGUGCACUGAUCCAGCACGCUUGGCGCCCGAAGUCCCUCUUCACCAUAUCAGGGGAAGUGGACACGAGGGCAAUUGAGAAGAGUGCAAAGAUUGGGCUGGCAGUUGCCCUGAAGCCAUGAAAGAUGCAAUUGUGGUGAGCAACUUUUUGUCUUGGUGGUGGCGUUCCGUUGUUAGGGUUGAGAGGAGCAAUAACUUGGAAAGAGAAUGAAGAGAGAUUUAUAUCCCUUUUCCCAAAUGGACAUAGAACUGAUCGUGUUUAUUUGUGCUGGGUUUUUUCCCCCUUUCACACAUUUUGGCGGAUAUUGGCACUGUAGAAAAUAAUCUUUUAGUUGGUGUCAGUAAGCAAUCCUCUGUUCCAUUCAUCUGUUCCACUUGUUCUUUUAGUUACAUUCCUAUGGCUGUGCAAUGCGUUUCAUUUCUAUCUAAUAGCCGGCUUAUGCUUGCGUGAGAUGAGAAUUUAUAGUUGGGACUGGGAGAACAUGGCACCAAGGAUUGGGUUGUACUAUCUGCUUCGACCUAAUGACGAGAUCUGCAACGUUGUCUAUUGUAUGGCAUGCACGUUUUGGCCUCACUAGUUUGUAAGGUUUUUUGGAUUGUACAUUUUAUCCUUCGGAUCCUUCGCACUGUGUUUCAUGUUUGAGGGAAAAAUAGACUCAGAAUCCUUUUCCUAGUACUAGUAGCACAAUAAAGACUAUAAAUUAUUUUAAUUUGCUUCAUGUGGAUAUUUGGGGGCGUAUCACAC